CCUUGUUGUUAAUCAGCUUGCAUGCAGAAGGAGACACAUUGUGGAGUCUCUGUGCUUGGUGUUUGUGCUGCUGUGUCUCAUCCACCUCUUCUUGUCUCCCCCCAGACGUCCAAAGAAGACCUCCUGCAGGCGGACUUUGAGGGGGCUCUCAAGUUCUUCCGGGUCCAGCUACCGAAGCGCUACAGAGCUGCAGAGAACGCGCGGCGGCUAAUGGAGCAGGCCUGCAACAUCAAGGUUCCAACCAAAAAGCUGAAAAAGUUUGAGAAGGAGUAUCAGACGCUGAGAGAGAGCCAGCUGCAACAAGAAGACCCCAUCGAUCGAUACCAGAGAGAGAACCGGCGUCUACAAGAAGCCAGUAUGAGGCUGGAGCAGGAGAAUGACGAUCUGGCACAUGAGCUGGUCACCAGUAAGAUCGCCCUGCGGAACGAUCUGGACCAGGCUGAAGACAAGGCCGAUGUUUUGAACAAAGAGCUGCUGAGCACCAAACAGCGGCUGGUGGAGACGGAGGAGGAGAAGAGGCGGCAUGAGGAGGAGACCGCUCAGCUGAAGGAGGUUUUCAGGCGGGAACUGGAGAAAGCAGAGAUGGAGAUCAAGAAAACCACCGCCAUCAUAGCCGAGUACAAACAGAUCUGCUCCCAGCUGAGCACCAGGCUGGAGAAACAGCAGGCGGCGACUAAAGAGGAGCUCGACAUCGUCAGGAAUAAAGUGAUGAGCUGCGAACACUGCAGAGACCUGUUCAGCCCCGUGGGCUCCCUGCAGGCGUCGUCCCCCGGCGGCGACGGGACGUCCAGCGAGCCUCUGGACGAGGAGAAGGACGGGCUGAAGGAGCAGCUCAGGCAGCUGGAGCUGGAGCUGGCUCAGACCAAGCUGCAGCUGGUGGAGGCAAAGUGCCGAAUCCAGGAGCUGGAGCAUCAGCGAGGCGUCCUGAUGACGGAAAUCCAAGCUGCUAAGAACUCGUGGUUCAGCAAGACGCUGGGCUCUCUGAAGAGCUCGGCCUCCUCGUCCUCCAGCUCCGUGUCUCAGACUCCGUCCUCUCCGAAGGACGGGCCCGCCUAGCCGGACCUCCAUCACUUUGCCCCUCCAACAUUCCCCUGCAGGAUGCACACUAGCGUUGCGAACAAAGGCUGAAGAAAGUAGUGAAGGAGAAAUGCAGUAUUCCUUUUUUUUUCAGUGGGUUGGAAAAAGAUGAGCUUCCUUAAAUUGCGGACGAUGAAGAGGAGGGAAAGACGUUCUCUGCUCUACAGCUACUCAGUCUGGUGAAGAUGAAGUCCGAAAUUAGUUUAAAGUUAAUUUGUCACAGGCAUCUUACAGGUCAAUUAGCACCAUCUUGUGGGCAGUUGUUGCUAUUGCAGAGAAAUAACGGUCAGGAUUUUUCUAGUAGCUGAAACUUAAACCACAAAAUAGGAAAUGAUUUUAAAUCCAUCACAAUAGUUUUAUACAUCUACUAUUAAAAACAUAAACACCCAGCUCUCUAAAGAAAGGAAUACUGCCUACUGUAGUCAAUUAAAAUAUCACACAAGUUGCAAUUCUUUAUAGUAAUAUAACGUAAACAAUGUUGUCUUAUAAAUAUGUAUAACUAAUUGUUGACUUUUUUUAUUUUAAAUAAUCUUGUACAGUUCCUUAAAAGAAAAAAGACACAGAAAAGCUCUUAUAUUUCUUUUCUACUGUUUGGAAGUUGAAUCUCAUCUCUGUAGAUGUUGAUGUAAGCACAGUGUGUGACGGAUCGGCUCGGGUCCAAACGCCGAGGAGCCAAAAAGUGACGACCUGCAGAGAGUUUCUGCUCACCCCGAACCGUGUCCAACAUGUUUUCUGCUCUCAGAACAUUUAUCUUUUAUAUUUUGCAACUUUUAAUUAUUCAAUUUGACUAUUUUUUCAUAGUUAGCACUUAAUAUUUUAAGUUUAAAGCACCAAGAGGCCAAAUUUCUUUCAAACAGGUUUAUAACAGCAUCUGUUGGCCUUAAAAGUUAGCCGAGUGGAAGCCUGUAGGUGUUGACCCUUAUGGGUCUCUUAAAACGUUUCAAAAAAUAGUAAUCAAAAAGUAGAUCGUGAUCAAAUCACUUUUAUUUAAAACAGAAACACAGCAAUUGUUCCUGCUGUUGUUAAAAUAAUCUCACAUUUUAAUUAUUCCAGUUGUUCUGUAGCAUGUUAUGUUAUUUUGAUCCAUAAAUAUGGAAUAAAUUAUUGCUAGAUUUUUAGAAAAUUCUCUUUUUUUCUCUUUAAAGAGUUGAUAUUAGCUGAUUGAUUAGUUGGGCUGUUUGCAGUUGUAGCCAGUCUGCAGUCAGCUGCUUGCCAAUUAAACUCUCAAAACGGCAAUACUUCAGUAGGAGUGAUAGGUGGCGCUCUUCUUUUUCACUGUUCAAGUUUAGUGCAAAUGGAAAUUAGUCAAAAUAGACAAACGAAACAAGAUGUUUUGUCUCGUUUCGUUGGAUAGAUCAGAUUUCUAGAAAUGAUGCAGAAUUUCUAAGAAGUUUUUAGAAACACAAAUUCAAAUAUUGAUCUAAGAAAAUUUUAAAACCUUUAAGCUGGUACUUAACUAUUGUAAUCCACAAUAGAAAAAGCAAAACUUUCCUUGUAACAUCUUUAUUUAAGCUAAAAUUAUCUCCAUAAAGCCAGAAACUCCAAACAGCUGAGCACUCAGAUUAUCAUUCAUCUGCUACUUUGCAUAAUUUAUCCCCAGGUAAACAGAUUUUAUCUCAUGAUACUAAUAAGCAACAUGCGGUUGCAGUAUUGCUGUCAUUGCCAAACCGUCUGGUAUGAUCGUGCCAACAUCCCGUUUGUUCUUGAAUUUUUACACUUAUUUUAAUUCAUCUGGUUAAAGCACAAAAGCAGAAAACAUUUCAUAUUCAGGUACAUGUUGAGGAUGAUUUUCUUGCCAAAAAUGUAAAUUUCGAUGCACUUUAGCUUCAUGUCAGAGAAGCUGCUUGGCUUUAUUCCUCUCUCUGGUUGACACUGAAGUCGGCCUUUGGACUCGGACCAAUCCCACGUGUUCGUUAUGUGUGUGUUUGCUGUAACUCAAACGUUUGAAGUCGUUUCUUCAUCUUCACGUUGCUGCCUUUUCUGUUGAUGACUGAAGCAGCUGGCUGGAGAGACGAAAAGCCAUCUGAGUAUCUGAGAGCAUCAGCUGUGCCAUAAGAGCCUCUCCACGGUCUUCCUCUGCUCCGCGGACCGUCUGCACCACCCUGAACGUUACUUUGUACCAGACAGAUUACGACCUAAUCCCAGGAUUCGCGUCAUUUCUCCAUGACAUUCCCGUUCUGCCAGUCUGGGAGUGGAAGUGGUUGAAUCGGGUGGAGAGAGCUCCCAGUCUGUUAUGUGCACUAACCAAACGUGGAUAUUUUAAACACUAUUUUAAAAUGUUUGUUUUUAUCUCAUGACUGUUGCUGAGAAGAGAUCGGCCCGUUUCUAAUCUAAUUCAGUUCAUUUCAGAGUCCCGGAAGCAGCAGAUGAGUCAGAUUAGAGGCGGCUGUCGUUGUGUAGUUUACAGUUUGUUGUUGAGAUCUCAGUCUUGUUACAGACGGCUCCUCAGCUGGUCUGACUUCACUGUUUCCAUGUACAGAAACUGUUUCAGCUGCAUUAAUAAACUUCAGUUUGUUCAU